UCCGAGGCUCAUCGAGAUGCACUCGGACGCUGCCCCGUCAUCGCCGCGUCGCCGACGCGACACCGACGACCAGCGAGGUGGGCACGAAGUCCGCGCACCGGUGGCCCCCGACGGGAGCUCCGCUGUGCGACGGAAGACGACGACCGCAGCCAGCAGCGCCUCUCGUGGACCGAACAGCCUACAAGUGCAGGCCUCAAGUCCAGAUCGUGCUCCCGUCGCCAGUGCUGGUCACGUAUCGCCUCGGCAACCGCGUUCCCCCGGUGCGGCGACCGACAAAGGCCAGGCGACGGACGCCAAGGAUCAGGGCCACAUGCAACUGUCCGUGUCCAAAUCAAGGCGGAAGAAGAACGGGGCCAAACAGCGGCGCAAGCACGGAACGGAGCGCUCGGGCGCCGGUUCUCCGAUUUCGGAUCGCGCCCGCAACCUCAGGUCACCGCAACCGAUGUCUCCGUCGUCCGCCGCCAACGAGCUUCUGUCCAACGCCUGCUCGCUGCCACAAACAGCACCAAGUCCCGGUGCCGUUCUCUCAUCGCCGUCAGAGAAUGUUGGAAGUUCUUCGCCGGCCGACUCUCCGCAUCUCGGUGACACCCACGUGACAUCCCCUCCAGCAGCUGCCGAGAAUGUCGCCAGUCCCACCAAGCAGUCAGGCCGCCGCAGAAGGGGAAGCGUCAAGGACCACAUUAAGCACGAGGUCAGGUCAUCGACAGCACCGAGGUGCGUUCCGGCGUCAAACUCGAAGGCUACCGAAGCGACCGGAAGGAUCGCAGUGCCGGGGUCUCUUGAGGUUCCAGCGGCGAAGCCGUCACAGGGAGCUGCAGAGCAGGUCACCUCUGCACCUCUGUCCAGGGACGAGCGUCAGAGCCGAGACAAGCCAGGGAAACGGCGCAGAGCCGACGCGGGAAACAAUGUGAUUUCCCCACCUACUCAAGGGUCGCGUGAGGCGAUGGCAGAAACCGUUCCCACCAAGUCUGCGCUAAAAGGCUCGAUGAGGCGCGUGUCCAUUUGGGGCGAAGAUUUCGGAAAGGAAAGCGACUCGGGCCAAGUAGGAGCACGGAACGCUAUGAAGAAGCGACGACUGAGCCGAGCCUCCUUCAAGGACCCCAUGGCCACCGAGGACAUAGGCACCUCACGCACAACACGCAGCACGAUCGCGUCGGCUCUCGCCAGGAUGACUCGCAAAAUGUCCCUGCGCUCCACCGUGAUGGACAGCAGCGCUCGUUCCCUCCUCCCGGAGGAGAAGAGCACGCUGUUCAUGGUCAGCGUCGCGUUCGCGGCCAUCCUGUGCAGCGUGAUCGCGGCCGUCCUCCUGCUCGUCGUCUCGCGCAGUGAUCCUGCCGCCCAGGUUGCCUGCAGGUCGCGCAAGUGCGUGCAGUUCAUGAAGCAGCUUCGCGCCGUCGUCAACGACAACCAAGACCCGUGCCUGGACUUCUACCGCUACGUGUGCGGCCACUGGAUGGACGGCGGUGGCAGCUUCUUUGGCGACAACGCAAACGCCUCGCUCGUCGGCCUCGCACGCGCAAUGCGCUCGCCCGAGAGCGAGUUCGUCGACGACCGGGAAGGGACGAGCGUGCUGCUUCACGUGUUCGGAGCGUGCCAGGACUACGUGUUCGGUGAAUGGACGCUGCAAGCGGCGCUCGAAGAAGUCGACAGGCAGCUCUCCCUGUCCGCCCUGCGUGGUACCUCGACCUUCAACGACGUCGUCCGCAGCUUCCUCAAGUACCUCGCUUUAUACUGUUACGGCGGUUUAACGAGAUAGCAUUAAAUGCCCCGUGUCGCAGAAAAUCCGGCGCGGGCGUCGGAAUCGAGGACGGCGUCCGCGGCUGAGAAAAUAAUCCCGAACCGCCCAGACCACGCAGGCCCUCCGCGUGGCGCAGAUGCGUUAGUGAACUAAUUGAAUUUCUCAAAGUAAAAUCCGCCAGGAAAAUCGUAAAGUACGGCUUAACCGCAACCUACAGACAUGAUAGCGUCGGAUUGUAAUUUCAAUAUACGAGAAAACAUAAUUCUGCUACG